AUGGUCUCCAACAAAAAGAGGCUUUACGUUGCCUUGUACCCUAGUGGAGUGAGGGGCAACGACGAGCGCAAGUACCAUUGGGCUUUUCUCGUUGGGCCAAAGGACGAGGACAAGGCCGAGACUCCUGGCUUGCGAUGCCACGUCAAGAACCAUCCUGUCAAUGGCUGGGUCUACGAAGAAGCGGAGCUGCAAAACGUGAAAAGCACUAGUAAUCUCCUCGCCCGAUUCAUCAUCGCGAAAAUCGAGGAUAAACAAGGCCUGUUGAGGAUCCUAAGGAAGACAGCCGUCACACAGGGCGAUCCUAACUUCCGUUGCCGAACGUGGAUGGCAGAUGCGCUGUCGAGGAUAUCAAGAGCAGAACCCAAGGUCGUGGGAACUUCCGAGUUGGACUGGAGUAGAAUAGAGCGCGAGGCCAGGCGCUACGUCGAGAAGAAGGUUGCUGAGGGGAGAUACCGGGAGGCCGAGCGAAUGAUGGAGCCAAAACCAACCUGGGACAUGUUGCAGCAGAAGGAGGUUAUUCCUUGA